ACGUAACCUUUCAGUUGUGGUAGACACGCUUAUGUGUCGAGACGGUAUUUUUCACGUGCGACUCUGCUCUCGAUUUCGUAUUGAUUUUUUCCCUCGAGACAGUGAAGUGACGUAAAUACACAUGCGUAGAACUACAAAAUACAAGAAUAACAAAUUAAUUAAGUAAUUUUGAAAUUAUUGUGCAGUUUCGUAAGUCAAAAUGGGACAGUCGUUCAAAACUAAUCCGAAUGGGAGUUUGAGACAAAAAUUAGAAGAGAUAUUCAAAUUAAUGCUGGUAUUGUGGUCGAGACAGAGUCAAAUAAACAAACUUGUUGCUUCGGAGCCCAGUGAAAGCGAUAAAACAGUGGUCGUGCGUCGUGGCAGCGAGGAAUUUGGAUUUAGGAUUCAUGGAAGCAAACCCGUGGUGGUGUCAGCAAUUGAACCAGACACUCCAGCCGAGACAUCGGGCUUGGAAGUUGGAGAUGUUAUCAUAUCUGUCAAUGGAAUUAACGUGUUAGACAAAACACAUUCAGAAGUUGUGAAGAUCGCCCAUUCUGGCUCUGAAAUCUUGGAAUUGGAUGUUGCCAGAACAUGCGAAGUGGUCGCUUCGCUAGCACACGAAGGCGGUCCUGCGGCGCUGUACUCCGGGUACUUGUGGCGGGCCGCGCCGUUAAGACCGCAUCACCCUCCGCGUUGGACACGCCGGUGGUUUGUUCUAAAAAGGGAUAACUGCCUUUAUUACUACAAAACUGACUCGAGCGUUCACCCAGUAGGUGCCUUGAUGUUGGUGAACUACCAGCUGAGCGAAGAGGACGCCGGCAAGCCGCACGGGUUCCGACUGCAGCGCUGUGGCGGCGGCGGCACGCGGCUUCAACUCGCCGCGGACACUGCCGAAGCUGCCGCUAGAUGGCGUGCUGUACUAGCGCAUGCUAUCGACGCAACGCAACAGCGGGAUGGUUGGCUUGAAGUGACGAUGCGAAACAUGAAGCUCCCACCAUCUUCUAUACCCAGGCCGGACUGCUUCGGUUAUCUCAUGAAACUGGGCUCCAAGUGGAAGUCAUGGGCGAAGCGGUAUUGUGUACUCAAAGAUGCCUGUCUUUACUUCUAUAAUGAUGGAAAUAGCAAGAGUGCUUUCGGAAUGGCUUGCUUACAUGGGUACCGAGUGGGGACCUGUGCAGGCAAGAAAUAUGCAUUUGAAGUGACGCCCACAGAAGCGAAACAGAGACAUUUCUAUUUCCACACAGAGUCUGAAAUGGACAGAAAACGAUGGAUGGCUGCUCUAGAGUAUUCAAUCGACAGAUGGAUGAAGGCUGGUUGACGAAGACAUCCAUCAUCGGAAUCCUUCAAUAAUGUUUAACGUAAUAAAUGCCUCCUUAAUUUA